UUUGUCGCUAUUUCAAAAAAAUGCUCAAAUUUUUUGACAGGAGGGCUUCAUAACUUUUUUUUGUUGAAUAUUUUUAUCUACAAAAAUAUUCCACAUAUGUGUCAAAAAAUCCAUUUAACUUUUAUGAAUUUUUAAUUUGUAUUGCAAUAAACAUUUCCGCGUUCUUAUAAGCAACAAGUUCGAAUUGUUGUAAUAAGAUUGGGACUUACACCUUGUGACACAUUUUCAUCGAUCUUCCUUCCCUUCAAAACAAGGUAAAUUAUGGACGACGAUGUUAUUGUAAUUUACGAUGAGAUCGACGAAGAGCCUGAGCAAUUCACUGCCCAGAACUAUGAGUAUAUGUUGGCGCAAUCGCUUCUGACAAAGGAAGCUAUCCAAGAGAAGCUGCACGACCCGAGCGAGAAUGCGAACUUUCAGUUUGUGGGAAGCGCAUCGCUCAACAAUUCGAUUUGGGACAAUUUUCUGGCCAUUACAUAUGGUGGCGUUGAGCAGAACUUCUUUAAGUGUCGCGAUUGCAGUGAGAUAUUUGACAAGGAUCCACAAAAGUCCAUGGGGCAGCUGAAGAACCACAAAUGCAAGAAAGUUCUGAUCAAACGGGAAAAGCAAGAAUUCCAAGAAACCUCCCCCAAGACGACAAUCAGAAACACUUCCAAUCGGAAAAGUGCAAACAAAAUCGCCGACAAGCCAAGACUCUUGACGCGUGAGCAACUGAACGAGAUGUACAGGAAUCCCAAGGAGAGACCGUUUCUGAUGACAAAACAGAAGAAUAAUUUCCGGUGCUUUGCCUGGCAAUGGAUGGACUUGGUGUUCUACAAAAAGCAGAGACAACCUUUUGCUCGGUGCAGGUUCUGUGAAAGUCUGGUAACGUACUCCAACAAGAAUGGCACAUCUUCGAUUCGAAAGCACGCCUUGCGUUGUCAGGCCAUUUUGGCGGCAAAGCACAAUCUCGGACAGCAGGGUAUCGAGGCACCAAAUCUGGAAAUAAAAGAUCCCCGCAGUAUGAAGGUCGAAGACGAGGAAGACAGCUUCUCGGAUGAGAGCAAUAAUUGCGAGCUGGAGAAUUCACUCAUUCCAGACGUGCAGAUGUAUGAAGAGGAAAUACCUAUGGAUUCACCAACUGCCGCAGCGAAAACAACAACGACUACAACGAGAACUUAUAGAAAGUCGGAUCCAACAAAAUCAAACUCUACAAAUAAACCAAAUGCCAUGUCCGUGCCUCGGCUAAGAUCAUUGUACAAUUCAAAUAAAACCUCCAACGCUUUUCACUUUAGCAAAUUCAAGGUGGCUGGGAUCAAGAAUUUGAUCUGGAAUUGGCUCGAGUUGGUUUUCUACAAGGAUCUCCGACAACCUUGUUAUAGAUGCACCGUUUGUGAUACCUUUGUCAGUAGUGCGAAUGAAGAAGAUCUGGUUCUUCAUAUCGAAAGUCACAACAUCAAAUUCAAUCAUAAUCCCAAAAAGAUGGCAAUAAUUAAAAAAGAAAAACUACCUGAAACUUUAACCGAAACUAAAUCGAAGGCCCAUUUAAAGAGACACAGUAUGCCUGCUCCCAAAACGGAACCACUGGAAGAACUCAUCAAAGACGAGGCGGCGGAGAUUCAAAAUGAAACUGAAUCCGAUCUGAGCAAUGUUGUGGCCAAUAAUAUGAUCGAUUGUGUCAUCACAAGCAGUGGACAGGCCUUGAGCUUCAUGGAGAGCCCCAAUUUUAGAUUAUUCGCUCAGAGUCUCAUCAAUUUCGGAGCCAAAUAUGGCGAGACCAAUGCCAACGAUUUCAUACCCAGCAAUGAAACAAUUCUGAAGCACAGCAUUCCACAUAGGAUGCGCACACUCAAGGCGAAGAUCAAGGAACUCAUAGCCGAUGAACCACACCUCAGUGUCAGUGUUGACCUGGUGAGAGACGCAGAGCCGCAUUCGAAGCCGGUGUCUUAUUUUUCAGUCAAAACGCACACAAUAUCCCAGUGUUUUGAAAACCGAUCCUACGUGGUGGGCAUUCAGGAGUUUCCCGAUGACAAAGCCACUGGCGAGGCGGUGAGAGAAGCCUUCGUGGAGAUCAUGAAGGAGUAUCUGGACACCGAUGAACUGGAGAAGAGGUGUAUUGUUGUGCUGAACGAGAGCAAUGCGAUAUUGACCGAAGCCUUUGCAGCUUACACUCGAUUGCCAAGCAUCACCCACAGCUUGGAAUCGAUUACCAAUAAAGUCCUGCAGGUCGACGAUCCGGAACUUAAAAUCUCCGACAUAGUUCGAAAGGUGCAAGAACUCAUAGAGCACAUAACCAAGGAACACAACUACGCCCUGGGCAGAGGCGAAUGUCUGCUCGACCUGCUGGAAGAAUUCUACGAAAUGAACAAGCCCAUUGAGAAGCUAUUGAAAUACACCAGACCGUGCCAAAGAGAUCACAGUGCUCUCUCGGAUAUUCCAAAGAACAAAGUCAAAACCAUUCUGAACGGCUUCGAGGUAAUAAAGCUGUGUGUGGAUACAAUAAGACAAAACCAAAUAACCAUCAACGGGAUUCUGCUGUGGAAGAAAAAGCUAGUCGAACAAUAUUCCCCGGUUCUGUUCGAACACCAGAUGAAUGCCCGAUUGAAGUUCCACACUCUCGAACUCAUCCAAACACAAUUUCCGGUCGAUGAUCCCAUCUAUAAAAUUGCCUUAUUCCUUAAUCCAAAUUUCAAAAAUCUCAAAAUCCUAACUGAAGCCGAACGUAAGGAAGUUUUCAAUUCAAUCAAAGAAUUUUAUUUCAAGAAAAUCAAUACCAAACGAGAUGCUGGGAACGAUGACAAUUCUGAGGAAGAAUUCGAUAAGGAAAUCCAGAAAUACUUUGUGACAAAGAGUUUCGAUAGCUCGAGUGAUGAUUUGUUAAGGUUUUGGAAGAGAACAACUAAUUUUCCGAAUCUUAGGACUUUGGCUAGGUAUAUUUUGAGUUUACCGAGUACGUCUGAGGGUGUUCAUGAGGAAUUGUUUCGCAAGGCACAUAGAGCUAUCGAGAAUGGUGUUGGGACGCGUGCUGAUUUCAACAGCAUCAUAUUUUUAAACAGCAAUUUUGCUGAGACUUAAUAAAUAGAUAAUUCUGCUGUUUUUGUUUUGUUGAUUUUCAUUCAAGAAAAAGAAAAACAAUUAUUAUACAUUUUAUGAAAUGUCCUUGUUUCAAAAAAAAACAGUUAAACUUGUUUCUGUAGAUUGAAAAUAUAAAAUGUUAUACUUUUUUUAA